AUGAAGACUGAUUUAGUACAAGAAACACAAAAUGUACUCAAUCUGAUCGCUAAACGCGAUCUAGAUGAUGACGAAAAACAACAAUUGAUCAAUGAAACCGUUGAUAACUUCAAUGAAUACAUCAAUCCAGGUUUCUUGAAAUAUCGUAAAUCAUUUUCACCUGAUUACGUAGCCGUGGAAUGGGCUGAUAGUGGUUCAACCUUCACCUGUGUUAAAGGUGUCGAAUACAUUGAUUGUCUAGGUGGAUACGGUAUAUACAAUGUUGGUCAUCGCCAUCCGAAAGUAGUUAAAGCAGUUAGAGAUCAAUUAGAACGUCAAGCAUUGCAUUCACAAGAAUUACUCGAUCCACUACGUGGCUAUUUAGCGAAGAUUUUAGCUGAAUUAGCACCAGGAAAUUUGAAGUAUGCGUUUUUUACCAAUAGUGGAACCGAAUCUGUCGAAGGUGCACUUAAAAUGGCUAUGCUUGCUACUGGUCGUCGUACUAUUAUUGCUGCUGUUGGUGGCUUCCAUGGUAAAAGUCUAGGGUCAUUGAGUGCAACUUCCAAAGCUGUUUUUCGUAAACCAUUUUUACCGUCAUUACAUAAUAUGCGUCAUAUUCCAUUCAAUGAUUUACAUGCACUUGAACAGACAUUGGCCUGUCUACAAUUUACAGGCGAUGAUGCCGCUGCUGUUUUACUUGAACCAAUUCUUGGCGAAGGUGGUAUUAUUGUACCAGGUGAUGACUAUUUUCCAGGUGUUCGUCGUUUAUGUGACAAAUACGGUGCACUUUUAAUCGCAGAUGAAGUUCAAACUGGUAUGGGACGAACAGGCAAAAUGUUCUGUGUCGAACAUUGGAGUGUCGAACCCGAUAUUCUCUGUUUGGGAAAAGCAUUUGGUGGUGGCAUCAUGCCAGCAGGUGCUUUCAUUGGUACCGAAAAACUGUGGACACCCAUAUUCUCCAAUCCAUUUUUGCAUACAACAACAUUCGGUGGCAAUCCAUUGGCCUGUGCAGCCGCUAUUGCAACAAUCAAUGUUAUACUUGAAGAACGUCUUUGCGAACGUGCACGAACUGUUGGUGACAUAUUCUUGGCUAAAUUGAAAUCAACCAUCAAGCCAUAUACACCGCAAUUAACUAUUGAUGCUCGCGGUAAAGGUUUAAUGUUAGCAUUAGAAUUCGCUGACACAGACAUCGGUUUCCGUGUCUCUAAAGGCUUAUUUCGCGAGAAAGUUCUUGUCGCAGGAACUUUAGUUAACGCCAAGACCAUUCGAAUCGAACCACCAUUAACGAUCACUUUGGAGCAAGUUGAUAAUGUGAUUAAUGCGUUAGGGAAGGUUUUGAAAGAGAUUGCAAGCGAAUUGAAACCUCAAUUAAUCAAUGAACCAAUUCUUAAACCAUUACCAAUAAAUAUUCUUCAACAAACUGUCCUUUCAAGACAAUUAUAA